GGCGGUUUUCCUCCUAAUCCAAAUCUUCCUGCUCAUCUUGAAUCCGACUCCUUACGUUUUGACCUCCAUCUAUCACACUGUCUCUCCACCGUCUCUCAGGCCGCGUUGGUUGAAAAGUAUGCUAAGAUAUUGUCCCAUCCUGCCGCCAUCAUGUCCACUGACAUGUCCGCCGCACCCUUGAGGAAGAAGCAGUCGUUUCCUCGGAGCCCCAAGCCAAGUGUCAGGAUGUGUGUCCAGGAACAAAGGAGUAUCCUAACCAUGUUAUCUCCAGACUUGUGCUGCUGGCCGGUGCCCAUGAGAGCCAUCGGAGCUCAGAAUCUCCUCACCAUGCCGGGAGGAGUUUCCAUAGCAGGAUACCUCCACAAGAAGGGAGGCAGCCAGUUCAGCCUCAAGAAAUGGCCAUUGAGGUACAUCAUCAUACACAGAGGCUGUAUUUACUACUUUAAGAGCAGUACCUCUCAGUCACCACAGGGGGCGUUCUCUUUGAAUGGUUAUAACAGGGUGAUGAGAGCAGCAGAGGAGACGACGUCCAGUAAUGUUUUCCCCUUUAAGAUCAUCCACUUCAGUAAGAAACACAGGACGUGGUUUUUGUCUGCAGCCAGUGAGGACGAGAGAAGGAAAUGGAUGCGAUUCUUGCGGAGGGAGAUAGACCACUAUAACGACCGAAAGGAGGCCCAAAUUCCGAGUGACUCUGACUCAGAUGCUGACAGUUUCUAUGGAACCAUUGAGAAGCCCAUGGAUAUUCAUCACACUGUGGAUAACACAGAAGAUGAUUACAUUGAAGAGGAUGAUGAAGAUGAAGAAGACUAUGUGAAACCAGACAGUGACAGCGAGUCAACAUCUACAGGCAAGCCUACAGGGCCUCCUCCCUCAUACCCUCCUCCCCCAGUCCCUGCACCAUUUCAGCUCCACCAGGAUGCCAGUCCAGUUUUCCACAGAGGUCUGCCUCCUCCAGUUCCAUCACACAACAAAACAGCAACCAGCUCACUCCCCAAAAAACCACCGUCUCCUCACGCCCCUGCCUCCAUCCAGGACUUCUCCAACAAAGGUCCGCCUCCACCUCUCCCGUUUGCCCCUCACCUGAAGAACUCCUCUCCCACACCUCCUCCACCACCUCCUCCCAAUGCAAAGAGACUUCUCAAGAGCAGAGGGUCCACAGUGUCUGAAUCAGGAAUCACCAAGAAAGACCAGAGGUCUCUGCCGGCCAUAUUUGUCCAAUCUCCUGCUACUCUGCCCAUCUGCAACCAAUUAGAGACCAGGAUGGUCCUUAAUGGCCCCGCCCACUGCUCACUUAACCAGGAUGAGACCAUCAAUCAUCGUAGCAAGUUUGGUUCCUUGAUGCCCCCAGAUGAUGGAGGGCCAAAUCAUGGACCUAGACCUGGGAUAUCCACCCCCCUGGCCAAACCCCAGACCCCCCCAAACAACCCUCCCCCAUCUCCUGCACCUAUAACUGGAUUUUACAAUAAACCGUUGAUCCCCAAGCCUCCUUCACCAGCAUUCAAACCCGAACUGCCUGCAGCCAAGUCCAAACUACUUCAAAGAGCGCCCCCUGAAGGUCAGAGCUUCAGGUCACCUGGAGAAGAGAAACCUGCAGACACCAAGAUGAAACAGGCUUUGUUGAAACAUUUCAAAGAAGACGAUUCUGACGACGACUAUGAGAAUGUGCAACUGCCUGACUCAGUCUUCAUCGACACAACCGAAACCUGCUUCAUAGAAAAAUUAUUCAGAGAGUGUUCAGCCACACCACAGGAUGGACUCUACGCCAUCAGGAAUUCAGGAACCAAAACCUCGAAGGUUUUGGUGGUGUUGGAUGUCAGCAUCGGCAAAGCCAGAAACUACAGACUCUUUGAAGAGGGUGGACACAUCUUUCUGGACAGCGAUGUUACCUUCCCCACUCUGUCGGCUCUGAUCGAACACUACCACAGCCACCCUCUGCCUCACCACUGUACGCUCUGUCUGCAGAGACCUUACACAAAGAUGCUGAACAACUGAUGCACAGGCAACAAAACCCCAAAAAAUGACUGCACGGGUGACGCAAAAACACCAAACUCCACUCAAGACUGACGCAAAGAGCCUGAAAGGUGGACAGAAGGACACUAAUUGCCUGUCACAGAGAUUCUGAUGGUCUGGUCUCGACUCUGAAGGCUGCCUAAAGUCACCAAACAUCUGACUGAAAGAUACCAAAGUCCUGGGACAAAAACAACCACAAACCAGACGUGAAGGGACUGAAUCUCUGGUUCAAAGACACCAAAAACUUAAACUAACGAUGCCGUACGCCUGAUGCAAUUCAUACGAUAACUUAAGCAUUGUUUGAUGGUCAACGCUCUUUGGCCAAUUCCUGCCAAAAAUGGUGUGGGAAUGGUCCUGAAUUCAAAGGGUUCAUUUGGGCAAAGGUCCAGGUAUCCGGGGAAAGGCACUGGCAUAAAACUGGCCUCCAUACAAUUUGCUGAUUUUUCUACCUCAAGCUAAUUGGGGGUCAUUUUUUUCACUCACACAUAGGUGGAUUCUGGAAUUGUCCAGGCAAGGUCAAAUCUGCCAAAGGUCAAUCACUGCAGUCAAGGUCAUGUCUGCCUGUCUGUUUAUUAGCUAACACCUCCCACUUCCUUUGGCCAGUUUCUACAAAACUUGGUAUGUAGUUGAAGGGCAAUUGUAGAAUUGCCUGUAAAGUGUUAAUUUUGGCAAAAAUCAAAGUCAUUGUGGUCAGUGUCAAGGAAUUUGGUUUUCAGCCUGAUGCGGAUGAUCCAUUUUGAACUGACUUGUGAUCUGUCUCAGGAAGUGGACAGACACGACCAAGAAAACUCAUCUACCUACCCUGGGAUUAUUUUUUAAAUUCAGUGUUUUAUAUUUACCCAUAAUGCAGUGUGUUGCUGUCCUGCCACACAUGCAAUUUCAAACACCACUUUUGAAAUUUGACUCCUCAGAAGCUUGACUCCUGCAAUUUAACCCCUAAAGGGCAACAGAAAAAUGACAGCAUCAGUUUUCCAUUUAUGAGAACCAAGCAGAACACAUUUAUAGAUGUUGCCAUCAUAAAAAAGUGUGAUAACAUGUGCUUUAAAACAAACUGGAUUUUAUUCACAUAAAUUUAUAUUCUUGCACAAAAAUAAUUGCUGUAAAUACACAGUUAUAUACAGAUUUACUGCUUUGCAUCAUUUUAUACAUCACUAUAAAUUAAAUAUCCUUCUGCUUUAGGCUGUUUAUCGAACUCGUACAGAACUGAAACCGUCACUUUUGGUUCUGGAGAAUAGUAAUUGGCAAUUGUAAUUAUUUUCAAGCCUCAGCUCACUCUGUCUGGGUCACAUGCCUUCAGCCAAUCACAAACUACACGGUAUUAAAGAUGCCAGUUCACAAAGGAUGAGUUUGUGAACAGUUAUCAAAGUUGCAAAGUAUAAUCAAAGUUUUUCCAACAGUGAAAAUAAAUAACUGCAGCUAAACACACACACACACACACACACACACACACACACACACACACACACACACACACACACACAUAUCGGUCACUAGAGGGCGCGAGAGAGCACACCCGUCCGACAAAGUCAGUUGGGGUUCACAGGGUAAUUUUUUUUUAAGUAUUGAUCUGAAAACCACUGCAUUUGUGAUCUUUAUGUCAUCAUGAAGCUGACAAUUAUACAGAUUCCUUUCUUUUUUUUUCCUCUCUUGGGCUUGCCAUGUCAUUAUCACACAUAUAUACAGAUCAGUGCGUUAUCGUCGGUCUGUUUCUGACGCAUGAAGACGCCGACAGAUGUAGAGUAUUUUGUCCACUGGGGGCGCUGUGACUCCACAAUUUAUGCAAUCAUACAAGAUCUGAAAUGUUAUGUGUGAACACAGAUUUAAACUCUAUAAAGAUUGCAAAGAGGAACAGUUUAGAAAUAAUACUUUAUGUUGAACACAAAUUUUUGAAAAACAAUUAAAAAAUAUAGAACUCAGUGCUAAAGUUCCUUUGGCUGUGUGAGCAUGUAAUCAAUGAAAGAAUGUGUAGAAAGAAUAUGACCUUUUGACUACUUAAAAUAGGUCAAGGUUAACCAUCUUUGAACUUAUCCAAGGUCUGUGCUCCAAGAAUGUUCCCUGUGAAUUUGAAGACUCUGGCAGUAAUAGGACUGGACUUAUGCUGAGCACAGACAGACAGAUGGACAGACAGAUGCAAAUUCUUUGCAAUAACAGAUGGCCAUAUUUUGGCCUUGGAUAAUAAAUUAUCAAGUCCUAUAUAUCUGUGUGAAAUUAGUUAUUAGGCAGUACAUCUGAGUCUUAAGUUUUCUGACACUGAAAAUUUAAGCAUUUCCAUCAUACAGCCUCAAAUGUGUGUGUAUAUACACACUCCAAAAUAAAAACCGAAAUCUCAAAAUUUCAUCAAAUCUGACUUUGAAAUCUGAAAAACUUGAUUAACAGGAAAAUAAUCAUGAAGAUUUUAAUGAUUGAUUGAUUAGUGUUUAACACAUUUCUGGUUCCAGCCUCUCAAGUGUCAGAAUAUAUUGUUUUUUCCUCUCCUUUAAUGUCAUUAAAUAUUCAAUAUAUUUAAGUUAUAGAGUGGAUGUUGGUCAAUUACAGCAUCAGUUUUGGAAAUGCUGGUGUGUUUUUUAUUUACAAAAUAAGCACAGAUUUAUGAGACAUGAUGUUUGAACAUAAGGCAGUUACAAAUGUUUUAUUUCUUAAACCAUCACGGAUCAUUUUCAAAAGUUGGCCCAGAACCGACUUUAAUGCUGUAAAAUGCUCAAUAUUUAUAUGUAAAUGCUGUAUGUAGUGUAAAGCAAAAUGUACAAAUGUUAAUAUGUUUUGUAUUUAAUAAUGUGUUGAAAAUAAAUGUAUACAUGAUUACUUAA